UGUUCCGUGACGUGUCCACGUCGGCUACCGGAAGCGACGUGAUCUGAUGGAUUUAAAGCUUUUUAUUUUAUUUUGCUGGAUAAAGAUUAAUCUCGUUCGAAGAAAAUUGAUUUUUUUGUCGUUAAUCUGUGACUCAGGGGUAGGAUCCACCCGGGAUUAAAACGACUGGUAUGACGUGACGGCCAGCGUUAAUUUGUAUCAAAGUGAGUUUGGAACGGUGACAAUGUCACAAUGUAUGACUAUAUCUCGCCACCUGGCUACAGCUGUAACAUUCACCGGAAACCGAUCACCAGGGGAAAGCAACACCUGGGUCCACGUAGUACGUUCCCAACCAUGAGGAGGUGACAGCCAGAUAACUCUGCUGCUAGGUCUUGCUGCUUGGACAUAUGGCAAGGAUCACUUUCUCAUGCCUGCCAGCCUCCUGGUACUGCAGUGUGUCCUUGCUGUCUCUGGGUUGUGUGCCCAGGCAAAGGGCCUUCUUCCUGGUGUUCCUCACCUGCUCUGCCCUGGUUUUCCUGGGGGUCUACCAGACUGAGCUCUGGGGGCCCCAGCGCCACAGGGGACACGUCAACAAAUACCUCUCAUCUGUGGAGACCAUGGAGGCGACUGAUGUCACCAACGCAGCUCUAAACUAUGGGAUCGUGGUGGACUGUGGCAGCAGCGGCUCCAGGGUGUAUGUGUACUACUGGCCCCCCCACCAUGGAAACCUCCACACCCUGCUGGACAUCAGGCAGAUGAGGGACCACGACCGCCACCCUGUGGUCAAGAAGAUCAAACCUGGUAUUUCCACCAUGGCGCUGAGCCCAGCCAAGGCCAGUGACUACCUCCACCCCCUCCUUUCCUUCGCUGCCACCCAUGUCCCCAGGAAGAAACACAAGGAGACUCCUCUCUAUAUCCUCUGUACUGCUGGAAUGAGACUGCUGCCUGAGAGUCAGCAGGCUGCUAUCCUGGAGGACCUGGUAAGAGAUGUUCCAGUGGAGUUUGACUUCCUGUUCUCCAGCUCCCAUGCAGAGGUGAUCUCUGGGAAACAGGAAGGUGUGUAUGCAUGGAUUGGUAUUAACUUUGUGUUGGGACGCUUUGACCAUGCCGAGUACGAAGAUGAUGCAAUGGUGGAGGUCACUACAGGGUCACAGAACCAUCACCCAAUUAGCCGGCGGCGUACAGUGGGCAUCAUGGACAUGGGCGGAGCCUCGCUGCAGAUAGCCUAUGAGGUGCCUAGCGCGGUCCACUUCAGUUCACCUGAACAGGAGGAGUCGGGGAAGAGCCUGCUGGCAGAGUUUAACCUGGGCUGUGAUUCAGAGCACACGCAGCACGUCUACCGUGUAUAUGUCACCACAUUCCUGGGCUUCGGGGGGAACAUGGCUCGACAGCGCUACGAAGACCAGCUGGUCAACUCCACCAUCACCAAGAACAGGCUGACAGGCGAUCAGACAGGCAUGAUGGAAGCCACUCCCCUUGCGGACCCAUGCCUCCCUGUCGGCCUAUCAGACGUGGUGCGUCGGGACGGCCGUGCGGUUCACCUGAGAGGGCAGGGGGACUGGGCGCGGUGCCAGGGGGCAGUCAGGCCUUUCCUGGGUCUCCACAAUGGCACCAUGGGAUCCCCCAGGGGGGUGUACCAGGCCCCCAUCGACUACAGCAACUCAGAGUUCUACGGCUUCUCUGAGUUCUUCUACUGCACUGAGGAUGUACUGAGGAUGGGGGGACCAUACGACAGCGCUAAGUACUCCAAGGCUGCCACGGACUAUUGUGCCACCAAGUGGUCAACCCUCACCAAGCGUCUGGACAGCAAGCUGUUCUCUAAACAAGCAGACUCCUCCAGACUGAAGUACCAGUGUUUUAAGUCAGCCUGGAUGUUCCAGGUGCUCCACUCAGGCUUCAGGUUCCCUAAGGACUACCCCAGCCUGAAGACUGCUCAGCUGGUCUAUGACAAGGAGGUGCAGUGGACCCUGGGAGCCAUCCUGUUUAAGACGCGUUUCCUGCCUCUCAGGGACCUCCAGGCAGAGUCAUUUAAACAGAGCCACUCCAACUGGCUGCGUUCCUCCUUCGUCUACAACCACUACCUGUUUUUUGCCUGUAUCCUGGUGGUCCUGCUGGCCAUUCUGCUGUACAUCCUCCGCCUCCGCAGGAUCCACCAGCGAGAACAGAGGCAGGCAGAGGCCCUGGACCUGCUCUGGGUGGAGGAGGGGGAGGCUCUUCUGGCCUGAUCCAGGAUCAGUUUAGACUCAGAAUCUUUCUUGACCUGAGGCCUUGGGUGUGGGGGGUUACUGAUCUAGGAUGAGUCGAGAUGCUCUCAGUAACUGGUGUUCAUAGCCUGGUAUGCACAGCUCUAGGACCAACCUUUCACCCUCUGAGUUGUAGGCUUGACUGGGGCUCUAUUUGUUAAGAGGCACUGAUCUAGGAUCAGAUUAUCAACCCGCAAAUCAUGACCUUGACUGGGACCAACGCCCUGUUGGGACAAUGAUCUAGGACCAGCUUAGUCACGCUGAAUCAUAACGUUGACUAUUGGCUAGAAAUGCAAUAGCAACGUCAUCCUACAACGAAGGUUUUAAUAAUGGGGGUGCUGGACACUCCCGUUUCUUACAAAUCUUUACACCCCAGAUACAGAUAUCAACGUUGACCUGACCGUGAGCACCCUCGUAAAACAGAAAAUAUCAACCAAGGUCCAAAUCACUAUUUAUAGUAACCUCUGACCUAGAGUGUUGAAACAUAAGUAGGAGGGGCCAUGUAACCGGAACCUUCAAAAGGGGGAGGAGAAUUGCAGGAUGUGGGCGAAACAUCAUGAAGGGAGAACUAGAUCGUUAAAACAACGAAACAGGAGAAUCCCAACAGGUGAAGGACUGAGGACCGAGCCAUUCUAUUUCUAUUGGAGAUAAUUCACUGUUGCAGAGGGACCACUGUGUUGGACAUUUUGUGUGAAGGAAGGUGAAGCUUGACAUCUGAGGCUGAAGUUGCCCUUAACCACAGAUCUAGAAUCAAGUAACUUACUCCUAAUCCUAACCUUAACCAUGAGGGGGAUGCAAAUAAAAUCUGACCCUGUAUCUGUGGUUAGUGGUAACUUCUAGCUACUCUUUGACGAAAAGGGUGCCUCUAUGAUUGUCUGUUUUGGACAGUAUUGUAACCAUGAUGAUAGUUUCUAUCUGACCAGUAUACUUCCUGUAAGUCUCACAAACAGGAAGUGCAUUAAUUCCUUAAUAAUCCCACUGUGGGAAUGCUUUUGUAUUGAAAAACUACAAUCAGGAAUCAAACAUGGGGCGGCAGGGAGCCUAGUGGUUAGAGUGGAGGGGUGGCAGGGAGCCUAGUGGUUAGAGUGGAGGGGCGGCAGGUAACCUAGUGGUUAGAGUGGAGGGGCGGCAGGUAAACUAGUGGUUAGAGUGGAGGGGCGGCUGGUAGCCUAGUGGUUAGAGUGGAGGGGUGGCAGGGAGCCUAGUGGUUAGAGUGGAGGGGCGGCAGGUAGCCUAGUGGUUAGAGUGGAGGGGCGGCAGGUAGCCUAGUGGUUAGAGUGGAGGGGUGGCAGGUAGCCUAGUGGUUAGAGUGGAGGGGUGGCAGGUAGCCUAGUGGUUAGAGCGUUGGGCCAGUAACCGAAAGGUUGCUUGAUCGAAUCCCCGAGCUGACAAGGUAAAAAUCUGUCGUUCUGCCCCUGAACAAGGCAGUUAACUCACUGUUCCACAGGCGCCGAAAGACGUGGAUUUCGAUUAAGGCCCCUCUCUGAUUCAGAGGGGUUGGGUUAAAUGUGGAAGACAUUUCAGUUGAAUGCAUUCGGUUGUACAACUGACUAGGUUUCCCCUUUCUCUUCUCAAACAAUUUAUUACAGGGGUUCAUUGAAUGUCCUUAACGUUUUUAAACGGUUUGUUUUGGUGCUGGGAACAGAUUGUUCUGAGCCAGUUAUGUUGAUGACAAGCUAGGAGUGAAACGGGUUGUCAGUGUUCAAUGGAUUGUAGUUGAUGCCUUCUGAUUGCAUUGUGUUGAACUGUGGUACACACACACACACACACACACACACACACACACACACACACACACACACACACACACUGAACUCCAAGUUGUGUGUUACGAUGGGUCUAUGUCAGACUGUCAAUGUUAGUGACCCACUAGCUCCUCACCUGCCCUGUACUGUAAAUAUCCAUUCAGACUAUCGGUCUGCUCUACUCCUCUUCAUAAUGUUGGGAGGUAUUGCUGUUGUUAAAUGAGAUGCAUUGAAUUGCUAAUCAAAGGAGCUCUCUUGUUAUUUUGAAGCUGUAUAAUUUGAGUCGUCACAGUGGAAGUGUAGCGUCAGUGAUUUUAAUGU